AAAUGAAAAGCAUGAGAGAAAAAUCCUUAAAUCUCUCUGCAAAAGGGUGAUGAAUAUGGAACAGGAAAAGUCAGGUCGUUGUCCUAAAUGCGGAGCAGAUGGCUCUUGCCGACCAGUUGGUAAAAAGGAAUUUAAUAAAUUACUAAAAGCAAUGUUAAAAGUUCCUCCUCCUAAAAGUUGGAAAGAAAAGAGAGAAAAGGAUUAA